AAGAAGCGGGCAGGGCCGGGCGGCGGCCGGCGGGCGCGCCGGGUCCCGCCUCGCCCCCAGCGGGGAGGGCGCUGCUGAGAGCUGCCGGAGGGGCUGCCACCGCGCCAAGCCCCUCCCGGUGAACCCGGCGUUACCGUCUGCAGCACUGCUUUCAGUGCUCUCCCCCCCCCGGGUCAGUUUUUGUGAAGCCUUGUAACAAAGGUGUUCUUCCCUGGAGCUGGGAAGUGCGGGUUCCAGCACCCUCUGGCUGGGAGACGGGGGAUUUCUGUCUUAGCUCGCCAGCGAUACUCGUUAAACUGCUGUGGCUCCACUGUUGUUAAAAUAGAGCUCAUACUGCGACUGACUUGGUUUCUGUAGACAAAAAAAAAAAAAAAAAAAAAAAAAAAAAAAAAAAAAAGGAAUUUUACUAAUACAUAAAACAAUAUAAAGGGUUUCCGGCUGGCAUCGUGUCUCUGACACGGGCCAGUUAUACAUCUAGUGAUACAGUAUUUUGUAGGACAAGGUUCAGGAAAACUGCUGCUCUGUUAUAUUCUUUGAGCUCCCAGUAACUCAGUUCUAAGGCAGUAAAUGUAACGUGGUUCUUGAUUUAAUCUUCAGGAACGUUAUUAAGCAGUAAUGGUUGCUCCUGGUAGUAAGGGUUACAAUUGCUUGUUCUUCAAAGUAGGUAUUUUUUAACGGGAGCAUAAUCUUUGGACUAGGGAUUGUGUUGGGUGCACUUUGUAGAGCCUUUAAAUCUUAGUUUAAAACACAUUAAUAUCAUCUGAUGCUUUUAAGUGGAUAUAUUCGUUUUAAAUCUGGUCCUAAAUGUAUGUUUUUGUAGGCAUUAGAGAAUGACGUUUACGCCAUUCUCAGAGUCACUAGCUUACUACUUUUCAGUUUUUGUCUACUUUAAAUGCAGUCAGUCACCCUGAUGUUUGUAGGGAACUCUUUUCUUGAUGAUAUCACAGAUUUAGUUUUUAUUUUUCCUACUUAGAGUAUCUUCCUUGAUCUCAUUAUGAAAAAAUGUUUAGAAAAGGAAAAAAACGACAUAGUAGCAGCAGCUCACAAAGCAGUGAAAUCAGUACUAAAAGCAAGUCUGUAGAUUCCAGUCUUGGGGGACUUUCCAGGUCUAGUACUGUGGCUAGUUUAGAUACAGACUCCACAAAAAGUUCAGGACAAAGCAAUAGUAAUUCUGAUACCUGUGCAGAAUUCAGAGUUAAAUAUGUUGGUGCCAUUGAAAAAUUGAAAUAUAAUGAGAGCAAAAAUCUAGAAGGGCCAUUGGACUUGAUAAAUUACAUAGAUGUUGCACAGCAAGAUGGAAAGUUACCUUUUGUCCCAGGUGAAGAGGAGUUUAUUAUGGGAGUUUCCAAAUACGGCAUUAAAGUUUCGACAUCUGAUCAAUAUGAACAAGCACAAGCUAUUUGCAAAGUGUUAUCUACAGCCUUUGAUUCAGUUUUAAUGUCGGAGAAAUCCUGAUUUUCUUCAGCAGCGUGUGACUCUAGUACAAGAGGCCUUUGUGUGUGUGUGAGGAGGAAACGGGGCUCCUCUGUGAUGCUGCAGACUGGCCACUUAAACACACAAACUCUGCAAAGUUACUGUGCAAAAAAAAGAGCCAUGCCACCCUGUACACGGUACUUUGUCAUUCCCCAAACAUGACUUGAAGAAAUCAUUCUGCCUUCAGUUUCCAGGACAAUACAGAGUUUUAUAUUUAACAUGUAUGUUUUUUCCUAAAUCAUUAUUUUGUAUAUUAAUGUCAAUAUUGUAGAAAUGUACAAUAAAACUGACACUUGCUUCUAA